UCAUUUAGAGCUUAAUUUGAGGGAGAUAGGAUUUUUAAAAACAAAUUGAAUAUAUAUUUUUAUUAAUUAGUAUACAGUUCAUACCAAGAAGUAUGAAUAGUUUAUCAAUGAAAAAUAAUCUAAUAAAAACUAAAAUGCUGAAAUUUGUAAUCGUAUCCUUAACAACCAUAUAAACUAACUAGUUUAUAAAGCAAAAGAAAGUUUAAAACGAUUUUAAGACCAAAUAGCUUUAUUCAACAUUCAAUUUUUAAGGGUUAUUAUACCUUUAAAUCUUAGUGUGAAAACUAUACCCCUGUCUGCUCUCAAUCUGCAAUUUGUUAUGGAACCCCAAAAUAAAACUGAAAUACCGGCGGUACCGGUUUCUGGUGAAAAUCAAGAACAAUCUCCAUUAGUAACACCACAAUUAACUCAGAACGCCACUGAGAAAUUGGCAGUACCUCUUUCUGAAAAAGCUCCCCUUUCAUGUGAGAAUAUAUGUCCUAAUAGCACUUCUGAAAAGGUAGAUUCUAAACAGGUUUGCCAAAAUGCUGAAAAUCUGUCUAUCCCUAUCUCUGGAAAGUCUCUUCAUUCAUCUGAAAAACCUUAUUCCGAAAAUAUCUGCCCCAAUACAGCCAACUUGCCUGUAUUUGUGCCUGCAGUAAAUACAGGAGCAAUUAAGAAGAGGCGAGAUGAAAAGAGAAAAUCAAGAGAUCAAAGAUCAUGGGAUAAUUUGCUUGAAUCUCUUACUAACCUGCCAGUAACAGAGAGAAUUUAUUUUAUCAAAGAGAAAUACAUAGAACUAUAUAAUGACUACAAAGCAGCUUCUUCUACUAUUAAAACAAGCGAAAAACAAUUAAAAUGUUUGAAAAGGGAGAAAGAGCAUGUUGAAGCUGAUCUUGCAAAAAACAUAAUGUCUAGGUCUAAACUAGAAAAUUUAGCUAGAGAACUUCAGAAACAAAAUCGAGAUAUAAAGGAGGAAAACUACAACAGACUGAAGGAUGAGGAGGAGAAAAGAAAGGAAGUUGCAGCUAACUUCACAGAAAAACUUAAUGCCCUUACACAACUUAUGGAUGAGAAUAAGGACAAAUCUUCUCGUUUACGAAAUGAAAAUAUUAAUAUGACUUCUAAACUAGCUGAAUUAUACGAACAAUUUCAGGAAAGGGAACUCCACUUGUCUAACAUGAAUCGUCAGAUGGAUCUACAGAAGAAACUCUCUGAGACACAGCUUAAGAAGCUUGAAUGUGAGUUUGAAGCAGAACGUGAAAUUUGGAAAAAAGAUAGAGCCAUGAUGAUUAUUAAUUUAGAAAGAAGUGAUGAGACAAAUAAGGUACUUCAAGAGAAUGUCAAUAGCUUACAGGAUCAUCUAAACUCAUACCAAAAGCAGUAUAGUGACUUUGAAACUACAAUGAAGAGAAGCAACAAAGUAUUUGAUUCACUCAAAGACGAAAUGGCACAUAUGCAUAAAAUAAAUAAUGUUUUGGAAAGAGAUCGCAAUGAAUGGCACAAUAGAUGGCAACAAACCAACAACAAAUGGGAAUCACUUAUGGAAGUUCAUAAAAAAACUGCUCUAGACUUAGAUGUCAGUCAAAAAAAGUUGGAUGCAUUAGAAAAGUUAUGCAGAAAGCUAACAGCUGAGAGACAAUGUUAUUUACAGGAGUUAAAGCUGUCCAACAUGAACCCAAUUACUCCAGUGGAGGAAGAUGGAAAAGUUCCACAAUCAGUUGCAAACAAUUCUGAUGAAUAAAUCCAAUAACUUUCGAAGGUUUGGCUGCAUUCAUGUUUCCUUCGACCUUUUUGUGUUUUGGUCUAAAGGACAUUUUUUACUUUGAUCUUAUUUCUUUGCAUGUCCAUAAAUGAUGUUCAUAAAUGUUGAUACAUAGAAUUUAAAUGUUUAGUCAAAUUUUAUUAGAAAGUUGGGGAAGUACAAUAGUAAUUCAAUUACAAUAUGUUCGAAGUAUGCUUUAAUUUAUUCAAUUGCUGCUGUAUUUAUAUUUAGUAUAUCAAGCCAAAACUAGGCUGUUUUCAGCCUUUUCAAUGGUUUCAAUGUUGUCUCAAUCAGAGACUGUAUUUGAAGGGUUGAUCACUAAACAUCACUAAAAAUAUACUCCUAUUUAUUUUAUAAUUAGAUCUGAUAUAGUAUAGACACAUUUUCAAUUGUAAAAAUUAUCAAGUAUGAUGGACCAAUUGGACACUGUUUGACAAAAAACCGGGUACCACAUGUGUAACACUAAAUAUAUUGAUAGAAAUACACUUCUAUCAUAUGGUACAAAAUUGUCUUAACCUAAUAAUAUGUGUAUACUGGUUUAUUUAUUACUUAUUUAUUUAUAUUUAGACUAAACAAACUAGACUGCCAUUUAAUUGUUUCAACAUUAUUCUCAACCAGAGACUGUAUUUUAGAGUGUAGGUAUUAGUUUCUUUGAUAUUCUUUGAGAGGAAUGGGAACUGUUCUAUUAAUAUGUAAUAGCCAUCCUCAUUCAGAAUAUGCCACAAAGCUUACCUUCUAUAUUUAUUAUAUUAUAUAGUUUCACAUAAAUGACAUUUGCAGAUAUUCACCAAAACAUUAAACAUCCGAGUUUUUUAUCCAGCAGUGUAUUUUAAAUGUAUCAGAAUCAUUUUAUACUGAUAUACAUUUGACACUAUUUAAUAAAUUUAUACUA